CGGAAUGAGCAGCGCCUCGCCGUUUCAAUUAAACGACUUAAAUAAGCGAUUGCAACUGUAAUUGUGUUUGAUUGCUUUUUAUAUCGAAUUAUAGAGACAAUAUUUACUUUCACCAUUAAAACAGUUCUGUCUUUUCUCUGCACUUUGCAGAAAGUUAAUGGGAACAUUUAGGAGCUCAGCCAGCUGCAAACAUCCGAGAAUUAAUUUUCACGAUAGUCGGUUUGAAUUCUAAUGGAACUAAUUGGGACAUUAAACUUAUCUACUCUUUGGAAGCAUCAUAAAUGCGCUGCCAUUAUGCUCAGUACUACCCGUAUGAAAAAAUCAUUACAUAUAAAAAGAAAUGAGGGUAAGAAUCGAGCUUCAAUUGUAGAGUUGACUUUUUGGUUGGUGCAAUUCCGAAUAGAUGUUUCUUAGAUGAGGAUCACGAUUCUGAUUCCAAUAUCGCUGAUACUGGUUACUUUCAUUGGUGGCGCAAAAAUGACUUGGCUGCCGCAUUCACUUUCGUGGAGAAACCAUGGACUGUGGGGUCUAUUUGGAAAGAAGCCAGCGUCGCAAUAUGGUGGCUGUAAUCACUAUGGACAUGGCGGAAGUUUUUAUUCGUGGCCAUAUCACUGUGGAAAACCAUUAGCUUAUCCCAGGCCUCAAAUAUAUGUUCCAUCAGCUGCCCUUUACUAUCAUUACCCAGUGACGCUUAGGCCGACUAUCGCGAAGCCAACAAUAUCAGAUCCCGCGAUCGCGUACUACCCACAUCAACAACAACCGCCGGUAGUAUGGCGGGAUCACCGGCUAGUUACUAGCAGCGUAUUGUUACGUAACCCGCUCAAACGGCAUAAAAGUAUUAUUCAUUCAGAUUUAUCACAACCUCAGCAGCACCAGCAACCGGUCGUUGUCGCGCCUAAUGGCAUUUUUAUUCUAAACAGAGCCGGGUCAUCAGACCCUAACCAUGUUACUGGAGGCAAGGAGCUGGGAAGUAGCACAGAGUCAAGACAACAAUUAAAAGCGGAAUCUACUGCACUUUUAACUGGGUAAUUGUCUUGCGUUUGCCAGCACAAUGUUUGUUAUGUAAAUAAAUCAAUAUAUGUUGGAAUUUGGUACUACUUUCGAUGUCGGUUUGACCUGUAUCCGCCGGUGUUCGAUUUGUGGAGGCUCAGCAUUAUUGGGUCCUCAUACGCGCGCAGUUUCAAAUGAAGGCAUUACAUAAACGUAAUAACUAAGCAUAAUUUAUAUGAUUGGUAUAAUAUCCGAUUGGCUUAGAGCGGGUUAAUAAAAAUAUUGUGCAUCUGAAUUUGCAUAA